AUGCAAUCAUCAUCUAUUGAAAAAGCUUUUGAGCUUUUCUGUUUUCUUGUUAUUUUAUUUGUAAACCAAUAUGUGUUCUGCAUCGAAGCUGGAACCAACUCCGAUUUGAAUUCCACAGUGGCCAGAUCUGUGGAUACAUUUCUAUUGUCUACCAGCUUACCUGUGGACACAACCUUCACGUUCCCAUCUCCAUUACCUCUUGUUGUCCCUGCGACCGGGACAAAUUUUGGCAAAGGAAAGAUAGAUCUGGGAGGUCUCGAGGUGAUCCAAGUCUCCAUCUCAAACUCAACGUCCUCACAGAGAGUAUGGAGAACAUUCGAGGGAGGACCGGACAACAUGGGAGUCAGCAUCUUCGAACCCAUCAAUCUUCCUCCUAAUUUCUUUAAACUUGGACUCUAUGCACAACCAAACAACCGUCAGCUUUUCGGUUGGGUUCUUGUUGCAAGAGACGUGUCUGGGACUAGCUUGAGACCACCAGUAGACUACAUUGGAGUCGGGGACACUAGGACCAUCUUUGUCAAUCAAGACGGGCCUGCGUAUUUUUGGCAGCCUGUAUGUCCUAACGGGUAUGAAGCGGUUGGUCUGUUUUUCACCAAUUCUCCUCAGAAGCCACCUUUAAAGCAAGAAUCUAUAAGCUGUGUCCGGUCCGAUCUUACGGAACAGAGUGAAGUCGAUACAUGGGUAUGGGGGAUCAACGGAAUGAGCGUUUCUAGUUUGAGACCAGCCAACAGAGGAACCGAAGCAACAGGUGUGUACACAGGCACAUUCAGUUUUCAGCAAGCAAACCUUCCUUCUCUGUCUUUGUUCUGCCUCAAAAACACAAAAUUCGACUUGUCUAGUAUGCCAAACGAAGACCAAACCAGAGUUUUGUUUCAAGCGUAUUCUCCUUGGAUAUAUCUGCAUCCGAAUGAGGAGUUUCUUCCUUCCUCUGUCAAUUGGGUUUUCUCCAACGGUGCGUUGCUUUACCAGCAAGGAAACGAAUCUAACCCUGUCCCUAUACAACCCAACGGUUCAAACCUUCCACAAGGCGGUUCGGAUGACGGUUUAUUCUGGUUAGAUUAUCCGUCGGAUAAGGACACCAGAGAAAGGGUUAAGAGGGGAGACUUAGGUAGCACAAAGGUGUAUCUACACAUCAAACCAAUGUUCGGAGGCACUUUCACAGACAUUGUCGUCUGGAUAUUCUAUCCUUUCAACGGCGAUGCUCGCCUCAAGUUUUUAUUCAUCAAGAGCCUGUCUUUAGGUGAUAUCGGCCAACACAUUGGAGAUUGGGAACACGUUACCUUGCGCAUCAGCAACUUCAACGGGGAGCUAUGGCGCGUCUACUUCUCCGAGCACAGUGCAGGAACUCUAGUAGAGGCAUGCGAUCUAGAGUUUCAAGGUGGGAACAAACCUGUGGCGUACUCAUCGCUUCACGGGCACGCAAUGUACUCAAGACCCGGACUUGUGUUGCAAGGACAAGACGGAAACGGUGUAAGGAACGACAUGGCAAGAAGUGACAAAUUCUUAAACACUGGUACUGGAUACGAGUUGGUUGCAGGACCGGGAAUCGUGGAGCCAGCGUGGCUCAACUAUUUUAGGAAAUGGGGACCAACUGUCCAACAUGACAUUCAAAGGACUCUUGAAGGUAUCGCCAAGACAUUGCCUGGACUUUUGCGGAAAAAAUUUAGAAAUCUCAUUAGUAAAAUUCCUCCUCAAGUGCUCGAAGAAAAAGGUCCCGCUGGACCCAAAGUCAAAAGGUCUUGGACCGCUGAUGAAUAA